AACGCUGUUUAAACCACACAAAGAAGAAAUCCUCAGGGUCGGGAGGAAGCACCGUGUAGUGGUGCUCAUCCUUCUCCUGACAGUACACCGACCUGUUCUGUUCGUUGUGAGCCGUUUGUUUCCUCCAGGCUUCGCCCCCUGAUGCAGCGCUCCGUUGCCCGGUCAUCAUCACUGUUCACAGCGGCCGAAUGAAUCAGACAGCACCGUUAGAGAACCACAGCCGAUAGCGUUGAGAAAUGGCAGAUGAAAUUGACUACAAUAUCGUGUUUCCAGAUGCGGGGACAUCGGAGAGACACUGGCAGGGGACAAAGGAGCCAGUUGUGAUCCUGCUGGGCUGGACUGGCUGCAAAGACAAACACCUCUCCAAAUACAGCUCCAUCUACAAUGAACAGGGAUGUGUCACGAUCCGCUACACAGCUCCUUUAAAGACGGUCUUCAUCUCAGAGUCCUUUGGCUACAAGGAGCUGAGAAGCAUCGCCCUCAAGCUGCUGGAGAUCCUCUACGACUACGAGGUGGAGAACAGUCCCAUUUUCUUUCACGUGUUCAGUAACGGUGGCUUCAUGCUUUACCGUUACAUCGUCGAGCUGCUGCACAACGACAAACAGUUCAGUUCGCUGCAUGUGAUCGGGGCUGUAGUGGACAGCGCCCCCGGUAGUGCGAAUGUCCGCGGGGCUCUGCGUGCACUGAUGACCACCUUAGGGCCAAGAAUAAGUCCUGUUUUAAGGUAUGUCCUCCUCGCGCUGUUUGCAGUGAUUGUUGUCCUCCUGCGAAUCGUCUUAUACCCCCUGACCAAGUACAUCCACAAGAACCACUACGACGCCGUGCAGGACAAGCCGCCCUCCUGGCCUCAUUUCUUCCUGUACUCCAGAGCCGACCUGACCAUCAGGCACCGGGACAUCGAGUUCUUCAUGAAGGCCAUGAAGCAGAAAGGCGUCCCCGUGGACAGUUUUGAUUUUGUUUCCAGUCCUCAUGUGGGCCAUUACCGGGAUUUCCCCGAGCAGUACGCUCUCAAGUGCCGCGAAUUCCUGGUUUCCCGCAUGAAGGACUCGGAAGGGACUGAAAUUAAAAAGAGACAGCACGUUCAAACGCAGUGAAACUUGAAGAGAAACUCAAGAUUUUUAAGUCUUUUAAGAUGCUGAAGAGAAGGUGACAGAAAUCGCUCGUUUAUUCUGCAGUGAUCUGAAACUGGGGAAUGAAAGUUUGCCAGUUUCUGCAGCGAUCCAGUUCAAGAUCUUUCGAUGUUUUUCUUUUUCGUCACUUAAAGGGAAAGUUCCACUGGUGUGGUCGAGGUGUAAUGCUCUGAAUCUGUGUCUUUAGAACCCACCAUAUGAAACACUGGAAGUCACAACCUGCUGAAGUUUGAUUGAAAGGCUUAACGCUGCCUACUUUUUACAAGUUCUGUACCACAUAAAACUACAAUAUAUAACUAUUCCGAUGCAAGCAGUCGCUAUGCUCCACAAGAACUUGACUCGUAAGUCCUUUAGGAUAAUUUAAAUCGUAUUUAAUAUUGCUGUGAAAUGUGAUGCAUUGUAGAUUAGUAGUAGUGUAUUCUAAAACUGAUGAGGCUGGUUAAUCUGUAUCUAUGUAUAAAUUUAAUAUAUAUAUUUAUGGUUUUAAUCCCUUGAUUUUCUACAAAAACAAAGGUACCAGGGAGCUUGUAAUGAAGGCAGCUGACACAUUAAUGUUUUCUUCUCUAUUAGAGGUCUGAAAGUGUUGCCUUACAGAGUUGGUUCCUUUUCAUUUCUCUGUCCAAAAAUUGUAGAAUGCUCAGCCCUGCUAUGUAAUACAAAAUUGAUUUAGUUAAAAAAACAACAACAGUGGAUUGACAAUGAAUGUAUAUGUCCAGCACAACUAAUGUUCUUUAACUGAUGUGCCUUCAAUAAACCAGAAUGCUCGUAGUCUCA